AUGGACGCGUAUCAAGAGUUCAUAGAUCCUUCCAGGAUAAGUUGCUGUAUUGGGUGUAACUUUAUAUCCUCCGCUAGCAAGCACUUGGUGGUGGCGAAGGGUUCAUUACUUCAAAUAUUUGAGAUUAUACUUUUGAAGCAGUCAACUCCUACAAAACCGCAAUACCAAUUGAAACUAGUUGAACAGUUUAAACUACAAGGAACAGUUUCAGGAUUAAAAGCAUUGCGAACGUCCGAAUGCCCCCAUUUAGAUUAUGUGGUUGUAUCUACAAAGUAUGCAAAGUUUUCAAUAAUCAGAUGGAACCACCAAUUGCAUAAUAUAUCCACCGUUUCCUUACAUUAUUAUGAAAACUGCAUUCAGCAUUCAACUUUUGAAAAAUUGGCAAUUUCCGAUUUGACAGUGGAGCCAACCUACAGCUCAGUUUCAUGUCUUCGAUAUAAAAAUCUUUUAUGCUUUUUACCAUUUGAGGGAGUACAUGAGGAGGACGAUGAGGAUGACACCGACGACGAAGAUAUUGAUAAUGACAAAAAGGGUGGAUCUAUAACAAAGAACGGCUUGUCCUACGAGAACCAGCCGUUUUACGACGCCAGCUUCAUCAUAGACGCAGGAAUUCUCGAUUCGACAAUCGAUACUGUUCUCGACGUACAGUUCCUACACAACUACCAAGAACCCACAAUUGCUAUCUUGUCCGCAAAAUCCAACUCAUGGGCAGGAAAUUUGAUCAAAAAUAAAGAUAAUGUCCAAUUUCAAGUGAUGACUUUAGAUGUUCAAUCAAAGUCCACCUUGCCUGUAUUCAACAUAGACAAUUUACCAUAUGACAUAGAUAGAGUAAUUCCGUUACCGAAUCCACUCAAUGGUUGUCUUUUGAUUGGAUGUAAUGAAUUAAUUCAUGUGGAUAAUGGAGGUAUUGCUAAGCGUAUUGCGGUCAACGCUUUUACAUCUUUGAUUACCGCUUCAGUAAAAAGUUACCAAGACGAAAGCGAUUUGAACUUGAAAUUGGAAAACUGUGCAAUCGUACCCAUUCCAGAUGAUCAUCGUGUAUUGCUUAUACUAGCGACUGGUGAGUUUUAUUAUUUGAAUUUUGACCUUGACGGGAAGUCCAUCAAGAAGAUCCAUCUUGAGUUAGUAGAUCAAAAAAUGUACGACUCGAUCAGGCUUACAUACCCUGGACAAGUUGCCAGCUUGGAUAAAAAUUUGCUAUUUUUUGCAAACUUGAAUGGGGACAGUUCCUUGGUGGAGGUCAAAUACACCAGUUCUGCAAAGGUUAUUGAAAAAAAGGUGAAGGAAGAAAAAGAGGAGGAUUCAGAUGAAGAUGAUCUUUACAAGGAAGAGGAAGAGGAGGAAGAGCAAACAAUCAUGAGAAAGUCACAUAUUGAAUUUAAACUACAUGAUAAGCUUCUCAAUAAUAGUCCCGUGUCAUCAUUCACUCUAGGGUUGUGCUCAAAAGAAAAGUUUAAAUCGAACUUACCGAAUCCAAAUUACAAUGAAGUAUCAAUUAUCAGCAAUUCUGGAACUGGCGAUCAAUCGACGCUUAACGUUAUUGUCCCCACCAUUCAACCACAAAUAUCUUCUUCCUUAACGUUCUCUCAAGUCAAUCGUAUGUGGAAUUUGAAUCAAAAGUAUCUCAUCACUUCUGAUGACAAGAAUGAGAAAUCAGAAAUCUUUCAAAUUGAAAAGUCAUACAAAAGGAUGAAAUCAAAGGAUUUCGUUAAUGAUGAGUUGACUAUAAAUGUCCAUGAAUUGAAUAACGGUAAGUAUAUCUUACAAAUUACACCAAAACAAAUCAUUUUGUUCGACACUAAGUUCAAGAAAAAAUUGUCACUUACUGAGGAAAUCAAAGAUGAUGAAAUAUUGAGUAGUACAUUGCGUGAUGAAUUGUUGAUGAUAUUUCUCGCCAGUGGUGAUGUUAUGAUAUUCUCCAUCAAUACUUAUAACGAAUCUUAUUCUAAAGUAAAAAUUCCAAAACUAUUAGAGGAUACAAUUAUUACUACAGGUUACAUUACAAGUUCGCAUUUGUUGAAUGCCGUUCUGAAAAAUAUAGAUCUUUUAACCAACCCAAGAAAAAGGCGUCACAGCUCGAUUCAAUCUACAACUCCAAUAAAUUUGGUACCACCCAAAUCGGCAAAACAAAAGAUUUUUGUUUUGGUCACUGGUGAUAAUAGAAUUGUAGCAUUCAACCGACACCACAAUGAAAGAUGUUUCCAAUUGGACACUAUAAGCAAGUUUAGUGAUGUGCUUCAGUUGAAUUUCUUUGAUAUUGAACAAUCACCACCAGAUCCAUUCAUUAAACAGGUUAUUUUGAAUGAAUUGGGGGAUAAAGACCACAAAGAAGAGUACUUAACAAUAUUAACAAUUAGUGGUGAGGUGUUGAUGUACAAGCUAUUUUAUGAUGGUGAAAAUUAUAUGUUCAAAAAGGAGAAAGACUUGAAAAUCACAGGUGCGCCUGAAAAUGCAUUCAACUUGGGUACGAUGGUUGAAAGAAGAUUGGUUUAUUUUCCAAACUUAAAUGGAUACACAAGUAUUUUUGUAGCUGGUGUCAUUCCCUUUCUUAUCAUUAAAUCGUGUCAUUCCAUUCCUCGGAUAUUCCAAUUUUCCAAGAUACCAGCUGUUUCGAUAUCGGCAUUUUCUGAUUCCAAGAUCAAAAAUGGGCUUAUAUUUCUUGACAAUAAUCAAAAUGCACGUAUUUGUGAGUUAUCAUUGGACUACAACUACGAAUUCAAUUUGCCUAUUAGAAGGGUACACAUUGGUGAGCUGAUUAGGUCUGUCGCGUACCAUGAACAGUCAGAUACUGUGGUUAUAUCCACUUUUAAAGAAAUUCCUUAUAAUUGUGUGGAUGAAGAAGGCAAACCAAUAGCCGGUGUUCUUAAAGAUAAACCCCCAGCCACGUCGUUUAAAGGAUCCAUUAAGUUGGUUUCUCCCUUUAACUGGAAGGUUAUUGACACCAUAGAAUUACAAGAUAAUGAAGUCGGAAUGGCGAUUAAAUCAAUGGUUCUUGAUGUUGGUUCAUCAAUGAAGAAGUUCAAGACAAAGCGUGAAUACAUUGUUGUCGGUACAGGAAAAUUGAGAAUGGAGGACCUUGCUGCUAAUGGGUCAUUUAAGAUCUACGACAUCAUUGAUAUUAUUCCAGAACCAGGAAAACCAGAAACUAACCAUAAAUUUAAGGAGAUCUUUCAAGAAGACACCAGAGGAGCAGUUACCAGUGUUUGCGAUCUAAGUGGUAGAUUUCUAGUAGGCCAAGGCCAAAAAGUAAUUGUUAGGGAUUUGGAGGAUGAUGGGGUGGUUCCUGUUGCCUUUUUAGACACACCUGUUUACGUUUCAGAAGCAAAAAGUUUUGGAAAUUUAUUCCUAUUAGGUGAUCCUUUGAAAAGUAUUUGGCUUGUUGGGUUUGAAGCUGAUCCGUUCAGGAUGGUUAUGCUAGGGAAAGAUAGACAACAUCUUCGUGUUGAAUGUGCUGAUUUCAUUGUUAAAGAUGAAGAGAUUUUCAUUUUGGUCGCGGAUGUAAAUAACAGUUUACAUUUGAUUCAAUUUGACCCCGAUGAUCCUAAGUCGAUAAAUGGGACAAUUUUAAUCAACAAGGCAUCAUUUGAAACUAAUUCGCAAACGACAUGUUUACGAUCAGUUCCAAAAGGUGAAACUGGUGACUAUCAAACCAUUGGUUCCACAAUAGAUGGUGCAUUUUUCAACGUGUUUCCUGUCAAUGAGUCCACUUAUAGACGCAUGUAUAUUGUUCAACAACAAAUUUCUGAUAAAGAGUAUCAUUAUUGUGGGUUGAAUCCAAGGUUGAACCGAUUUGGUGGUGCUGUACAAAUUAGAGAUAAUGAUACCAAUGCCAAACCUAUUUUAGAUUACAAUUUAAUCAAGGAGUUUGCUAAAUUGAAUCUUGAUAGACAGAAGAAUAUCACUACAAAGAUCAAUAUAAAAGGUCUGGCUCAUGAUAUUUGGAAGGACUUGAUCGAACUUGAAUAUUCAUUGGAGGAUUUUUAG